GGAAAAUUUGUCUAACGUCUCUAGCAGUGUGAAGACGGUAACACUGCGCAAGCGCGCAGACCAUGCAGAAAAUUAAUGCACAUUAUAAAUACUGAACACGCAAGCAACUAGACCAAGCUUGUAAAACAACUCAACAUGCUUAUAGGAGACAAGUCCAGGCGGCAACUUGCGAUACGAUCCUUAAUCUUGCUCGCUGUAUGCACAUGGAUUGUUUACACGUUUGUUAUAGCCACUUUGAGCCCGAAGAAGAAGACAUUUCUAAGUCCGAAGGGAAUAGACGAUAGAGUUCGUGCAGUGCAUCAAGAAAUACUACGAAUGAAGGAACGAUUAGAGGCGAAUGGAUCUGACGCCAAGAGUCUAUCGGAGUAUGUGGAGAAAGCGAAGCGGGAGAGGACGAAAGUUGUCCUUGUUAGAACGACUUUUUUCGGACAAAAACCCUGGGGAUGGCUCAGUAAAAGUCAGCGGUUUAACACCUGGGAAGACGCACAAUGCCCAUACUUUCGGUGUAAGUUGACGUUCAAUCAGCGAGAUUUUCUCAAAGCGGACGCUGUUAUAUUCCAUGCUAAAAACAUGCUUACAAAUCUAGCAAUGCAAAGAUUGCUACACUCCAAACCUAAAGCUCAGAAAUGGGUUUACUUCGCAUUGGAAAGCCCACAAAAUAACCCAAGCGCUAAGCACUUGAAUAAUCUUUUCCAUUGGACGCUAACAUACAGACGCGAUUCAGAUUUCUUUUCGCCCUACGGCUACUACUAUCCCGUUAGUAAAGAUAUCGAGGCAGAAACAAGGGAAAUCGCCAAGCUAAUAGCCAAGAAGAACAAGUUGAUUUUCUGGGCUGCAAGCCACUGUGACGUUCCGCGGGAAAAAUAUAUCCGGGAACUGCUCAAAUACGUACCAAUCAGCGUGUACGGUCAAUGCGCGCCUUUUGUAGGUCUAAAAAAUUCCAGCGGCUAUUGCGGAAUGAAUGACCCGAAAUGCCUUGCGUUAGAGAAGCGACACAAGUUCAUCUUAGCGUUUGAGAACUCGAAUUGUAAGGAUUACGUCACUGAGAAAUAUUGGACUGCUUUGAAGCGAGGGCUGGUCCCUAUUGUUCUAGGAGGGGCAAGCUACAAUCCUGGAAUUGCUAUUCCUGGAUCAUUUAUAAAUGUCGUGGAUUACAGCUCCGUCCAAGAGCUUGCAGAUUACUUGUUGUAUCUUGAUAAAAAUGAUGCGGCCUAUGCAAAGUAUUUUGAGUGGAGAAAGCAUUAUAAUAUGGCGACUUACGCGCCAUGGACGUGCGUCUUGUGCGCGGCGCUUAAUAUGGACACAAAAAAGACGUAUUAUAGUAACUUGGAUGACUUCUGGGGGAAGAAACAAUGCGGACUGCGUAAUAGAGCGUUAGACAGAAUAAAAAUACGCGAGGAAUCAUAAAUAACGAACUGAAAAUCUUUGUUCAAUGUUCUACGUUGGGAUUUUUGGAAUUAAUUUUUUUAAAUAACACAUUCCACAAAUGAAAUUAUGUACAACUGUACAAUUAAACCAAUUUUAAAAGCCAAAUAAGCGACUAUGUCUUAUGAUCCUCUUGCCUUGCCUUAGAAGUUUCCAGAUCGAGAUAAAAAAAUAAUAAUACCGCACUUCCUCUAUUGCAUUCCUCACCUUCGAGACCACGAAAGAUGUUCGCUUUGUAGAGGCUGACUGAACAAUGAAGGUGGAAAAAUAAAGUACUUUAGUUACAAAUUGAUAUUUGGUACUAGAUUUAAUAGAUGUUUGAGGCACCGGAAAGGACUAACAGGAAUGUUGACUUCUGACUAACAGAGUUGGUGAAUGGUAAAAUACAAUCAAUGUAUUAACAAAUCCAAGGGAAAUUUAUGUCAGGAUAAAGCGUAGUUUGCGGGCUCUCCCAAAGGUCACUUUUGGAAAAGGCCUCAAAGUACGCUGGAUCCUCGAGCAUGAGGUCAGUCAGUAUUUCAAAAACCGGCAAACUCGCCAGUUUACUUCCGGUCGAUUAUGUAACAAUCUCCGAUUAUUUUUAAAGGAAAACUCGAAAAAUAUUUGAAAAUUGUUAAUGAAGUGUGUCUGUGGAAGUUUCCUUUAGGAUGUGGCUGAUAAUUUAAAGCAGAUGGCCUGUUAGACAGAGCAGAUUCUUUUGUUUCUUGUCGGCUGAGGUAUCCGUCGGCCCGCCAGAAGUAAACUGGUUUGAUUUCCGCUUUUAGAGUUUGUUUACAUACCAAAGUAUGCUACACCAGGCGUUCUUACCGGGCUACCUUUACUCGGAGAUGUUGCGUGCGCACUUUGCAUUUUAUGUGCGCCGUGUAUUUUUUCGAGAGAGAAAAUUGGAAUUUGAAAGGGCAUUUUAAGUGGGGUCUAUUUUUUGUAUUGUUUUUCGGACUGUGACAUGUCCACGUUAGAAAUUAGAGGGGAUUUUUAAUAUUAAAGAGACCCAAACGCCG